AAAGUUAUUGGAGAAACACCAGCAGAAACAGAGCUAGAAUACAACCGAAUCAAAUGUGGUCAAAUCAGAAACUGAUGCAGUACUCACCCCAGUUACUUCAACCCCCAGCACUACCUCCUUCGCAAACUCAAACCACAAGUAUCAAGCAAUGCUGUAAAGUCUCACGCAGAGAACUUGCAAUUUGUACCAACUCAUCUUUGCUAUUACUCUUAGGCUCACAGACGGUGGAGCCAUUGCACCAUUCAAGAGCAAGAGCGGAGGAAAUUGAGGAUACAAGUAAAGAAACUGAACAACUUGUGGAAAGUGAGGAAAAUGAAGUUCCUAGGAACACUGAACUUGUGGAAAGUGAGGUUGCUCCUCGAAACACCGAACAACCAGUCGAAAGUGAGGAUGAUCCUCAAAAAACUGAACAACUUGCCCCAGAAGACGAUUCAAAGAAAACUGCAGAUCCCUGUGGAGAACAAAAUCCAACCCAGAGGGCAUUUCUUGAAGUGUCAAUUGAUGGAGUGCCUGCUGGUAGAAUUGUGAUCGGGCUAUACGGUGACAGUGUUCCAUUUGGUGCAGCCCGAUUUAGUGAUCUUGCCAGUGGUGCAGCGGGCAUUAGUUAUAGAAGAAAAGAAUUUGUUAAGAUCACGCCAAACUAUGUCCAACAUAGUGGAGUGAGAUCAUAUGGUGUUGAUGCUGAGCUUGCAAGGAAGGCUGGAAGCAAUUUGGCUGCUGACAGACUCACAGAUGAAUGGGAGAAGCAGUAUGCGGCUUGUCCAGGGACAAAGAAUUUGGCCAAAAGCAUUGGCAUUGUAGUGAGGGAUCCUUCAAAACCACCACCCAAGUUGAAAUUGAUUGCACGCAAAGGGAAGCUAGAGAUUGAUCAAGAACAGGUGGGAGCGGAUCCUAAUGGGACAGAAUUUGUCAUUGCUAUUAAAGACUCGCCUGAACUAGAUGCAUCAGCAUUAGUGAUUGGAAGAGUAUUGGAAGGAAUGGACGUUGUUGAGAAGAUUGGCCAAGUGAAGACAGUACAGGAGAAUACCAGUUCUCCCUAUUUCAGGGUAGCAAAGUUGAUAGGAGACAAAAGGGCUGUUGUAGCAGAGAGAGGCUUUAAUCGACCAUACUCAAAGGUGUUGAUUACCAAUUGUGGGUUGAUAAAAUGAAUGAAGCCCCUAUAGAUCACUUAUUUCCAUUUUGUAAUAGAGGACAAGAUUGUGCGGGGAAAUUCUUUCACAUUGAUGAUUCUCAGUAAAUUUUUGUGCUGUCA